CAUACAACGUUACGGACAAUAUAAAUAUGAGCCAUAGAAAUAUAACGUAGCUAGUUGCCGGAUUAACUUUGAGCAAGUAGUCCAAUUUUUUUACCAACACAUAAUAAUGGAGAAGGUCGCGUUUUUCGUUUUAGCACUCAUUGCUGUCGUAGUUGCAAAUGAGAUUGUAGAAGAGAUGGCAAAGAAAUUCGAGACCGAUUCAGCAACAGUACAGAAAUGUCUGGAUGACACUGGAAUUACGAUGGAGGAAUUAGGUACUUCAUUGAAAGAGUGGGCCGAAUUAAAGGACGAAGAUAUCAAUGAAAUGACUAAACAAUCUCUUAUGAAAUACGUUAAUUUCCUGGCUUGUAUGAUGGAGAAGAAUGAAAUGAUGAUCGAUUCGAAAUUGGUUGUUGACAAAAUCGUUGAAAGUGCUCAAAAUGACAAGGAUCUCUUACCACCUGUACCAAAGGAAGUUCUAACGGAAUGCCUGACUGCAUUGAACGAAAAUAGCGAAAUAUCUCGAGAAGACAGAGUCUUUGGUUUAAUGUUUUGCAUGAUGGAUGGUCAAACGGACAAAAAAUAAAAGAAGAGGAUUUUUGCGAGGUAUUUUGGAUGAGUUUCACAUUUGACAUGGUUUAAUAAAUUUGAUUUUGAUAAAUAACAAAGAUACAUAUAAAAUUUAAAGAGCAUUGUAAACGUCAAGUGAAACGCACCCUAUAUCGUCUGGAUCGCAAAUUGUAAUAUCUCUCGUAUAUAUUCUGUGCAUUUGUAGUACCAUAAAUGAAAAAUUUUAGCACCGGGGUUUAAACAAAAUAAAACAAUGUAAUUCAAUAGAUUAGUUGUUGCAGAUAUUAAAUAAAAACAAUUAGUUAAAUA